CUCCCGCCCCCCUCGUUUCAGAGCGCUGGCUGGCUAAGUCCCUCCCGCGCCGGCUUCUCGUCCCACUAGGAGCAGCUCAGUGCAGCGGGGACAGGGCGAAGCGGUCUGCGCCCACGGAGCGCACGUCUCUGUUCGCCACGCAGCGCUACCCUUGCCCCCCACGGCUGCCCACUCCAGACGUCCAACGGCUCCGCGCGCGCACGAUGCCCUCGGCCACCAGCCACAGCGGAAGCGGCAGCAAAUCGUCGGGACCGCCGCCGCCGUCGGGUUCCUCCGGGAGUGAGGCGGCGGCCGGGGCAGCUGCGCCGGCUUCUCAGCAUCCGGCAACCGGCACCGGCGCGGUCCAGACCGAGGCCAUGAAGCAGAUUCUCGGCGUAAUCGACAAGAAACUUCGGAACCUGGAGAAGAAAAAGGGUAAACUUGAUGAUUACCAGGAACGAAUGAAUAAAGGGGAAAGACUCAAUCAAGAUCAGCUGGAUGCCGUAUCUAAGUACCAGGAAGUCACAAAUAAUUUGGAGUUUGCAAAGGAAUUACAGAGGAGUUUCAUGGCAUUAAGUCAAGAUAUUCAGAAAACAAUAAAGAAGACAGCACGUCGGGAACAGCUUAUGAGGGAAGAAGCAGAACAGAAGCGCUUAAAAACUGUGCUUGAGUUACAGUAUGUAUUGGAUAAGCUGGGAGAUGAUGAUGUGAGAACGGAUCUGAAACAAGGUUUGAGUGGAGUGCCAAUAUUGUCUGAAGAGGAGUUGUCCUUGUUGGAUGAAUUCUACAAGCUAGUAGACCCUGAGCGCGACAUGAGUUUAAGGUUAAAUGAGCAGUAUGAACAUGCCUCCAUUCACUUGUGGGAUUUGCUGGAAGGGAAAGAAAAGCCUGUAUGUGGAACAACCUAUAAAGCUCUAAAGGAAAUUGUUGAGCGUGUUUUUCAGUCAAACUACUUUGACAGCACUCACAAUCAUCAAAAUGGGUUGUGUGAGGAGGAAGAGGCAGCUUCAGCACCUACAGUGGAAGACCAGGUUGCUGAAGCUGAACCUGAGCCAACGGAAGAAUACACAGAGCAAAGUGAGGUUGAAUCAACAGAGUAUGUCAAUAGGCAGUUCAUGGCAGAAACACAGUUCAGCAGUGGUGAGAAGGAACAAGUGGAUGUAUCAGCACAACCUAUGAACCCUUCCCAAAACAUGGAUAUGCCUCAGCUGGUUUGCCCUCAGGUUCAUUCUGAAUCUAGACUUGCCCAAUCUAAUCAAGUUCCUGUACAACCAGAAGCCACACAGGUUCCUUUGGUUUCAUCCACAAGCGAGGGAUAUACAGCAUCUCAACCCUUGUACCAGCCGUCUCAUGCUACAGAGCAGCGGCCACAAAAGGAGCCAAUUGAUCAGAUACAGGCAACAAUAUCUUUAAAUACAGACCAAACUACAGCAUCAUCAUCCCUUCCUGCUGCUUCUCAUUAUAACCAGAGUUUUUCCAGUCAGCCUCACCAAGUGGAACAAACAGAGCUUCAACAAGACCAGUUGCAAACAGUGGUUGGCACGUACCAUGGAUCCCAGGACCAGCCUCAUCAAGUGCCUGGUAACCACCAGCAGCCCCCCCAGCAGAACACUGGCUUUCCACGGAGCAGUCAGCCUUAUUACAACAGCCGUGGUGUAUCUCGAGGAGGGUCUCGUGGUGCCAGAGGCUUGAUGAAUGGAUACAGAGGCCCUGCCAAUGGAUUUAGAGGAGGAUAUGAUGGUUACCGCCCUUCAUUCUCGAACACUCCAAACAGUGGUUAUACACAGUCUCAGUUCAGUGCUCCCCGGGACUACUCUGGCUACCAGCGGGAUGGAUAUCAGCAGAAUUUCAAGCGAGGCUCUGGGCAGAGUGGACCACGGGGAGCCCCACGAGGUCGUGGAGGGCCCCCAAGACCCAACAGAGGGAUGCCGCAAAUGAACACUCAGCAAGUGAAUUAAUGUGAUACACAGGAUUAUGUUUAAUCGCCAAAAACACACUGGCCAGUGUACCAUAAUAUGUUACCAGAAGA